AUGGAACACGCGCGUCCUCCGGCGGAAUUGGUAUUGGAAGGCGGCCCGGCCGCGCGAUCCGACGCGUGGCGCAAAUGGCGGAGGCUGUUUGAGGUGUUUCUAAAGGCCUCCGGAGUGAGCAAAGAGCCUAAAGAGGUACAGGCUAGUUUGUUGGUGAACCUCAUCGGAUCGGCGGGAUACGAAGUAUUUACGACUUUUACUUUUGAUAAGUGCGAAAGUGAAGAUGAUGUCACAUGUGUUAUGAAGAAGUUCGAUGCAUAUUUCGGUGCAAAACCUAACAUCACUGUCCGCCGUUAUAAAUUCUUUACGCGCGGGCAAGAAGAUGCAGAAAACAUAGACCAGUAUGUGACGGCGUUGCGAUUAUUGAGCCAGCAGUGUGAAUUCGGGGAAUUGAACGAGAGUUUGCUGCGUGAUAAAAUCGUCUGCGGCAUCAAUAACAACACAGUGAGAGAUAGAUUACUUCGCACGGAUGAUCUAACGCUAAUCAAGGCGAUACAAAUCUGUCAGGCGGCAGAGAUAUCAAAAGAGGAAGGCCAGUGUAUCAGCAGCGCAUCAGCUGAGAACAUGCAGGUGAACGCGAUGCGCAGAAGUGGCGGAGUGCGAGGCGCGCGCCGAGAGCGCAGCAGGCGCGGCGGUGGCGGCUGGCGUGGCGCGGCUCGGGCUGCGGGCGGCGGCGCCGGCGCCCCCUGCCUCACCUGCGGGAGCGUUCGCUGCGCCGGCGGCGACCGGUGCCCGGCGCGGAACGCGAUGUGCUAUGUGUGCGAUAGUAAAGGUCAUUUUUCGCGCGUGUGUGAGCGAAAGAAAGAAAUUAGUAAAGUGCUAAAUUUAAACGUUGAUAGUGCGGCCAUUGACUACGACGAAGACUCGGAAGAGCUGUUUUACAUCAACGGCAUCAAUAAGGACAAUGUAAACAGUAAGUCACAUAAUGAAUGGCAUGAGACAGUUUCUUGUAAUGGUAAAAACAUUAUGCUAAAAAUAGAUACGGGAGCAAUGCUUAAUGUUAUUUCUAAAAAAGAUUAUAUCAACUUGGGCUUGUCUGUUAUGAAACUUAAGCCGUAUGCAAAGCGAGUACUUUCUUUCACAGGGAACCGGUUGCCGAUAUUGGGCUCUGAUAAGAUUUUAUUCACGUAUAAUUGUAAACAAUAUGAGCUACCUUUUGUUGUCGCGAACUUUAAAUGUCAGAAUGUACUCGGUUUCAAAGGCUGUGUCGCAUUAGGAUUAGUCACUUAUGUCGAUACAAUAAAUGUUGGUCAGUAUGAUGAUUUGUUUAAAGGGUUAGGCAAAUUACCCGGUGAAUAUAGUAUAUCUGUAGAUAAGACAGUGCAGCCAGUCGUGUGCCCGACUAGGAAAAUUUCUUUCGGUCUUAAAGAUAAGCUAUUACAAGAAUUACGUAGGAUGGAAACGCUAGGUGUAGUGAGGAAGGUCACGCAUCCGACUGACUGGGUAAACGCUAUCGUAUUGGUUCCAAAGAAAGAUGGCAGCAUUCGUGUCUGCUUAGAUCCUCGGCCACUGAACCGCGCGGUGCGGCGCGCGCAGUACUCGCUGCCGACGGUGCCGGAGCUGGCGGUGCGGCUGCGCGGCGCCGCCGUGUUCAGCGUGCUCGACGCGCGCUGUGGCUUCUGGAUGGUGAAAAUUGACGAUGCGAGCGCAGACCUCUGUACCUUCAGUACGCCGUUCGGGCGGUAUCAGUUUCUGCGGUUGCCUUAUGGGAUAAAUUGUGCGCCAGAAGUGUUUCAUGCCAGACUCAGACAGCAUCUCGAAGAUCUCGAGGGCGUCGAGUCCUUUAUCGAUGACGUCAUUGUGUGGGGACGUACUAAGGACGAGCAUGAUAAAAGGUUAGGUUGUUUACUGGAGCGGGCGCGACAAAUAGGCAUUAAAUUCAAUCGUGAGAAAUGUAAAUUUGCAGUGCCGGAAAUCACAUAUUUAGGACAUAAGUUUGAUGCGACAGGUAUGCGAGCCGACGACUCGAAGGUAAAGGCCAUCAUGGAGAUGCCAUACCCGAGCGACCGAAAAUCGCUCGAGAGGUUUUUGGGUAUGGUCAAUUAUCUGUCGAAGUUCAUUCAAAAUUAUUCAGAACGUGUGAGGUGUCUACGUUCGCUGCUAAAGAAGGAGUCAGAGUGGGUGUGGGAACCACACCACUCCGCAGCGGUGGACGAGCUGAAGCGCGCGCUGGCGAGCGCGCCUGUGCUGGCGCUGUACUGCGAGCGCACGCCGCUCGUGCUGUCAGUGGACGCGUCCAGCGUGGCGCUGGGCGCCGUGCUGCUGCAGGCCGGCCGACCGCUCGAGUUCGCCUCGCUAACACUCAGCGACACGCAGACCAGGUAUGCCCAGAUCGAGAAGGAGAUGCUGGCCAUUGUGUUCGCCGUUGAGCGGUUCAGGCAGUACAUCCUGGGCCGGAGUGAUGUAACCGUUCAAUCGGACCAUAAACCUCUGGAGGCUCUCUUUAAGAAAUCCUUAGUUUCCGUGCCGGCGCGACUACAGAGAAUGAUGAUGAGAGUCCAAGGAUUCGACAUUAAGGUCGUAUAUACUCCCGGAAAGUAUAUGUAUAUUGCGGACACUUUGUCGCGGGCCCCUGUGAAGGAGUCGAUGCACGACUGGGUAACGAACGAAGUGGAAGCACAAACGUGUUUUAUGUUAGAGAACUUACCGUUUAGCAAUCAAAAAAUGGAGGCAGUAAGAAAGGAGACUGAGACCGACGCAGAUUGCAAGUCGCUAAUCGAGUACAUUACAAAAGGCUGGCCUAAGAAUAGACGUGACGUAAAGCCCGAAGUCAACGUAUUUUGGCCUUAUCGUGAUGAAUUGCAUUAUGUGGAUGGUAUUUUAUUGAAGGGUGAGUGUGUAUUUAUCCCUCGCGCGUUGAGGGACAGCAUGGUGUCGCGCGUUCACGAGGGCCACCUGGGCAUCGAGCGGUGCAAGCGGCGCGCGCGUGACGUCAUGUUCUGGCCGGGGCUGGGCGCGGCCGUGGAGCGCGCGGUGCGCGGGUGCGCGGCGUGCGCGCUGCACGCGCCGCGCGCGCGCCGCCAGCCGCUGCUGCAGCACGAAGUGCCGCCGCUGCCCUGGCAUAAGCUCGCCUCCGACAUAUUCGAAUACAGAAAGAAAAAGUACAUCAUCUUGGUCGACUAUUUUUCUAAUUACGUGGAGGUAGGGGAGCUGUCCAGUAUGACUUCCAGGCGAGUGAUCGAUUUCAUGCGGGAACAAUUCGCGAGACACGGUAUACCGGUGGAGCUAGUGACCGACAAUGGCCCCGCUUAUAGCUCACAGGAAUUUAAGAAAUUUUUGCUCGAAUGGGAAGUAACUCACGUCACAUCAUCCCCGCAUUACCCGCAAUCAAACGGAAAGAGCGAGAGAGCAGUCCAAACAGUAAAAAAUUUAUUUAAAAAAUGUGUGGAUUCUGGACAGGAUUUUUUAAUGGCAUUGUUAAAUUUCAGGGCUACGCCACGUAACGGGUUAGAUUCACCCGCUCAAAUAUUAAUGGGUAGGCGAUUAAAUACAAAACUCCCGAUCAAUCCGAAAUUGCUCACUGAAAGUGUUGAUAAUGAACGCAAUUAUCGAGGAUUGAUGUUAGAUAAGGAGAAAAUUAAACGUCAUUACGAUGCGUCAGCGAAACCGCUCAGGUGUUUGUUUCCGGGUGACAAAGCAACAUUGGUAUGUAACGGCUCCAGAAAACCUGUUUCGGUGGUUGCUCCUGCGCCAGAACCGCGCUCAUAUAUAGUGGAGGACGAUACCGGCGUCCGAUAUAGACGUACUCGCGGUCACUUGGUGGCGCGGACAGCGUCUGCAUGGCCUGCUGAGCGACCCCAGGCACUUACUACAGCGUGUUCAAGUAAGCUUGGUACGGUUUGGCCGACAGGAGUGCGUAGACGCAGACCGAGAGCGGUGUCUGAGGAGCAGCGGGUGUCCGACUCGCAAUCUGAGAGCGCGAGCUCAUCGCCGCGGGGUGGGUAUGCGAUACUCCGGCCAGGGGCCACAGAGUACGAGGAAGGGUGCUCGUUUGAAAGUCUGUCGGAAGCGUCUCCCUCAUCGUCACCAGUAGUUUCAAUUACCAGGUCUAGAGAACGAACUGCACGUAUGUUAAGUGAUUUAUUAGUUAGGUCAAGUAAAGAGUAG